AUGGGAAUAAACUGCGUUGUAGCCUCUUACAAUUCAACAGGUUUGAAGAGAGGAGGCAUUCCGCCUGUCCGGCGUGGAGCCGCGCCUGGAUCCCUGCAGCUAUCGAGACUGCCGAGAUUUAUCCGCGCAGACUGUGACAGCCGGGCAGCCUGCGCGGAACGGGAGUCACGUGUGCGGGGUAUGCGGAAUGGGAACAGCCCGGCCAGCCAGCUGCCCAGCAGCAAGCGGAUGCGCACGGCCUUCACCAGCACGCAGCUGCUGGAGCUGGAGCGGGAGUUCGCCUCCAACAUGUACCUGUCCCGCCUGCGCCGCAUCGAGAUCGCCACCUACCUGAACCUGUCCGAGAAGCAGGUAAAGAUCUGGUUCCAGAACCGCCGCGUCAAGCACAAGAAGGAAGGCAAGAGCGGCGCGCACCGCGGGGGCGGCUCGGGCCACGGCUGCAAAUGCGCCUCGCUGGCCAGCACCAAGUGCUCGGAGGAGGACGAGGACUUGCCCAUGUCGCCCUCCUCGUCGGGGAAGGACGAUCGCGACCUGGCGGUCACCCCUUAG